GCGUCUUGCCCUCUGGCAAAGCCUGCCGUGACACCGUUUCGGCCGCAUUGCGCCGGGCAACGGCCGGGCCCGGCCCGUCCUUCCUCCGAACUUGCUAGAAAGAUUCGGCUUUAUUCCGCGCUAGUCGCAACCCGGCGCACCCGGCUCCAGCGGCCGUUCCGCGCCUCUCGGCCGUGGCCACGCACCAGCGAAUGCGAUGUAGAGCGUCAUGGCAAUCAACAUAAAAUUUACAAAAUUUGACAACACAUCAUGGGGCUUUCGACUAGCUGGUGGCAGCGAUUUUCCGCAGCCGCUUACCGUUAUCAGAGUCAUGGAGGGAAGCCUGGCCGAAUGUAUGGGUUUAAAGGUCGGCGAUGUCGUAGUAAGAUUGAACGAUCAAUCGAUUAGCAGCUUGACUCAUGGACAAGCGCAUGAAGCAUUAGUGCACGCUGGCAACAACUUUGUCUUAGGUGUGCAAAGAGAGGAGGAGGCACGAAAGGCCGCCGAGGCGAUAUCGGAAGAGAACAUCGUUCCAUAUAAGAUCGCCCUUGCAGACUUACCGCCGGUCUUCCCAGAACAGAUCUUAAAGGAGGAGACAGUGAUCGAGCGGUACGAAGAAGAGAAUACCGCCGUCGAGCCGCUGUCCGCCGAGGACGAGAUCAGGCAAGAGGAGGUGAAGCUCGCGGAGGAGAAACCGGUGGACGCCAACAGCGAGAUCGUGUCUAACAAAAAUCUCACGGAUGACGAGAUCGCUCAGCUGAUCCUCGAGGAGGAGGAGCUUUUAUCGGAUAAAGGAUUACUGGGAGUAAACUUCAAGAAGUUGAAACCGCGAGCCUCGAUCCUAAAAGAUUCGAAGGUUCUGGAGGAGCUGCAGCACAUCGCGGUAGCCGAGCCGGAGCGGGUGCAAGAAUUGAAGCGCACCUCUACCUUUCUGCAAAAGCCGCAGAGACCGGUGCCAAAGUCGAAGAACGAGCCGAAGGUGGAAGAGGACGAGGGAGAGACUUACAAGGUCGUGAUCAAGAAACAAGACAAGAAGACGGUGAUCACGCGUCUCGUGGAGAAGGGUUUGUUGCCGCCAGGAUCGGAGGCGACCGUCGCCAGGACACCGGAACCGCCGCCGGUACCGUCCGAGGUAAAGAUGCAUGAAACGGAGACUAGAGUCGAAGAAAAUCGUCCCCCUGCCGUAUCCAAUUUAAAUUCCACGUGUUCAACCUGUUCUCUCGAUAACACCGACAGUCCAUUGUCUACCCCGCCGCGUCCUUUGGAAUCCAAUUCGAACAAAUCUCUCACCUCUGAUAAUCAACUCGCGCAUCAUAUAAAUGCGACAUAUAAAUGCGAGUCAUUCAUGAAAAAUCAUGUCAAGCCCAAUCAGUCUCGAAGAUGCAGCGCCACCGGCAGAUACGACGAAGUCGGAGCGAGAUCAUCGCAUUUCAAAGGUCGCUAUGUAGAGAACAUCAUUCGCCGUUACAGUCGUCCCUGCGUUCUCUCCGAUCAACAAAUCGAUGAGCUCACAAAUAUUAAAUCGGGAAGCGCAUACUCCGGGAAGUAUGACUGGCUAAAAACGAUUGGCUUUUGGGCAAAGCCAAAGAGAACUCGCAUUUUCGCCCGCAGAAUGAAGGGAAGAUACUUGGCGACAUAUCUGAGACGCGAAAGCAUCCGGCUGAUGUACUUGAUUACGACGUUGUUCCAGUUUUUGUUGCAGAUAUCAGGCGUCUCCGAGUCAUCGAACUCGUCAAAGAUUCGCGAGCGACGACGUUCGAGUUUUAAGGGUCGCUACCUUGAGAACGUUCUUCACAAGAAUGUCGCUCCUGUCCUCGAAUGCGUCAAGGAGACGUACUUCAACGAUGAUCAAGAGAAAAAGAAUGGACAACAAACUGAUAAAAAUGCCUUCGAAUUAAAUAUUUCUGAGUGGCGCGAAAACGGUCCAUGCUGCGCGCUGCAAAAAGAGUCGUCGCUUAUCAUUAAUACUUCCCACAAUCCAGACCUGAACGAAGAAGAAACUGUUGAAGAUGAUCGUAAUGAAGAGAAUAACAAGUGUCUCGAAAUGGCCAAGUUUACAGACACGAUCCCAGAAGAGGAAGACACUCUUUCAAAGUUCUUGCAGUCGGCCGAGAAUUACGUUUCCACCGAAGUCUUCCAUCGUGGUAGCAGACGACUCUCAAAAUCGCGUAAAUCUAUCGAUGUUACUUCGAAAGAAGAUGAUAGUGCACUCUCGAAAUUCUUACAGUCGGCCGAGGAUUACGUUUCCGCUGAAGUCUUCCAUCGUCAUAGCAGACGAUUCUCAAAACCACGUAAAUCCAUCGACGUGACUUCGGAAGAAGAUGAUAGUGCGCUUUCGAAAUUCUUACAGUCGGCCGAGGAUUACGUUUCCGCUGAAGUCUUCCAUCGUCGCAGCAGACGAUUCUCAAAACCACGUAAAUCCAUCGACGUGACUUCGGAAGAAGAUGAUGGUGCGCUCUCGAAAUUCCUACAGUCGGCUGAGAAUUACGUUUCGGCUGAAGUCUUCCAUCGUCGUAGCAGACGAUUUUCAAAACCACGUAAAUCUAUCGAUGUUACCUCGAAAGAAGAUGAUAAUGCGCUUUCGAAAUUCCUACAGUCGGCCGAGGAUUACGUUUCCGCUGAAGUUUUCCAUCGUCGCAGCAGACGAUUCUCAAAACCACGUAAAUCUAUCGACAUGGCUUCGGAAGAAGAUGAUGGUGCGCUUUCGAAAUUCCUACAGUCGGCCGAGGAUUACGUUUCCACCGAGGUCUUCCAUCGUGGUAGCAGACGACUCUCAAGGUCGCUCAAACGAGAAGAAAAUGGAGAAGAGGACGUUCUGUCGAGUGUCCUCCGUUCGACCGGCAACUACGUUUCCAACGAGGUGUUUCAUCGCAGAAGCAGCAGAUUGUCCAGAAGGUCGUCCAGAAGGGAAUCUGUCUCCCUCGUGUCUCCCGGUCUGUGGGGCAGUUUGAAAAGCAUAAACUUCAGUCUACCUUGGUUUUCGUUCACUGAGAAGAACACAGAAGGUGGGGACUGCGACGAGAAGAUUGAUUCUGAAAUCGAGUGCGACGAUCGAAGAUUAUCGUUCGUGCCGACGAUUCUGUACAAGGGUAUCACGAGUCACAUUGGCAUUGAUUUCACGAAGCUGGUGGUUUACGCCUUCAUACCUUGUACUUCGAUUAUCCUUCUGUACAUGUAUAAUUAGUCGUCGUCUAACAAUCCUCCGAUGACGUUCGUACCUUGUUUCGAAAGGGUCAGUAUAACUAGACUGCAGCGUAAUUAUAAUUGAUCCAAAACUCAGUUCUAAAUUCGCUUAAGAAUUUAAUAUCGUGUCAGUUUGUUAAUUCAGAUCAAUACAAAUACGUGUAUCCCAUGAUUGUGUCUAGAUCUAAAUAGAUGUAACUUGUCUUAAAAUGAUUCUAACUGACCUCAGAUUGUUAUACCUCCUCGUGUUUUCGAAACUCUCGUAGAUAAUAGAUCAUCGUGUGGAUCACGCAUUAAUGUUCGCAUAAAAAUGUUUUAUAAGUAAUAUGUCCUUGAAUUUCAGUAUAACCGUAUGUUUUGUUUUCUUUUUGUCAUUAGAAUUAAGUGUUACUAAAGUAAAUCCAUUGUAAAAUAAUUGGAAUGCUGAGGGGUAAUUAAUGUGAUCGAUUCAAUAUAUAUACGUAAGCAAACGUGUAAUUAAUUUUUUCCUUAAGUGAUUUUUCAAUUGUGUGAAAUAUGUCAAGUGUGAAAUGUGUUACAUAAUUAAAUUAUUAAAACUGAUAAUUUGUACUUGGACUUUA